AUGCGACAAGGGGAGACGAUACUCACAGAGCAGCCAAUGCUGAAGGUCGAAUGCUUGGAGUUUGGGUUGGGUGCUGUCGUGUUGAGACGGAGGUCCAUAUUGAAACUUGUGGAAGAAACGGCGGCAGUCAAUCAAGGGAACACGAACGUCAGAGAAGUUUUAGAAUAUGGCAAACUGUUGGUCAAGGUCAUAAUCCUCGAAAUGUCACAAAGAUCACAAGGAUGAAGAUCAGCAAAAUGACCAAGAUCGCCAGGCAAAAGGUUACCGGAGCACCAUCCAAACGCCCGACGGGUUUACCGUCGCGCGGGUGUCUCUGGCUUCUCCUCUCUCUCUCGUUUGUGGCUCAAGCCUCCCAAUACAGUCAAGGACAAAACAGCACCGGAAUGAUCUCAAAGAUAACCUACAGACCUAAAUGCAUAUAGUUCCAAAAACAGUGAUCAUCAGGCAAAGGACCUUCAACGUAUUCAGAUAGAAGAAAUGAUGAAUGUUUCAUAGCUGUAAUCAGGUUCAUAACGUACUGUCAGUUCUGAUCAAUGAUGAGAAUCAACAUAGGAUGAUCGUAUGAAUCAAUGAUGAUAGCAUAAGCGUUUCCAUAUGAAAGUUUCCCCAUGCAACAUGAUAUCCCAAUGAUGAAGCUGAGACUUCCUCCAUGUAACCCCAAUGAACAUCCACAGGGAUCAAAGCAGCCAGAGAUCAUUAGUCUCAGGCUGUGAGUGCAAAUUGUGCAAACAGUAUCACUCUCAAGUGUUUCUCACCGAGAAACUAGACGCGACUUAACAGUCUGUGUUCGAAUGUAUCCAACACUACUUUGACCCUUGAGCUAAGUAUAGAGUAGAAAUCCAUCUAGAAACAACUUUUCAAAAUGUCCUGCGAUGCGAAAGAAAUUUCGAAGAAACUCGGACAGAAGUCCGACUGGCGAGCAUGGCAACUUGCCAUACGUCAGGAAGCUAGCCGUCUCGGCCUGCUUCAAAACUACACGAAUGUAGUCGGCAUUCCGGCAGCUCCUCAUGGUAUUCCUAACGGAGUUACCAAUCGGGAGGAAACAAUUCGGCAGAAGUGGCGCAACCUGAAAGAUGCGAUUAUUCGUAGUCUGAAAGGUGCCGCUGCGUCGUUCAUCAACAACCAGAACGAUAAUGGGCAGGUGGAUGCGAUGGAUGCAGGUGAGGUUGUUGUGCUCCUUCGUGAUGUAGGACACUUCGAUCAAAACAACCGUCAGGAACAACGGAUGAAAGUAAAACCGCUUACGGAUGGCGUGUUGAAGUUCCACAACGCGGAUCAACCUGCAGAUGUCACAGGAUUCUUGUCGAAAGUCCGAGACAUCAUGAACCAGUCGCCCACCGUGUACCCGCCGGAAGCAGGAGUGCCAGAAAGUGACCAACAAAAUGGUGCACUGCUACAGAAGUUGCCAGAGCUGUUCUGCAAGAACUUCAAGGCAACGAUCGAACGCAUGCAGGAAGAAGAUGGUCUGACAUUUGACCAGAUUGGUGACCGACUUGAAAAGCGUCUUGCGACGUUGAUCGAGGAGGGAACCUACAAAGUUGAGAACGAUUCCUUCGGGAAGGCGUUCCCGGUCAAUGUUCAGGAGACCUCGAAUAAGCGUUCUCGUGAAGAGGAAGAUGACGAGGAAAAGGCCAAUGAAGGUGGUAAGAUCUUUCUGUCUAAAAGUGCUCUCAAGCGCUUCAAGGCAAACACAAAGAAGAAGAUCGCCGCCGAGGUCUAUGCCUCCAAUUCGAACGGCAAAGGAAAGCCGCAGAACAAAAAUAAUAAAGGUUCUGGAAAACAAGAUACCCGUCCAGUCUGUUGGAUCUGCAACAAACCGGGUCACAAAUCCGCGUCUUGUUGGAAGAAUCCACAGAACCAGGCAAACUGGAACUGGAACACCAAUUCCCAAUCUAGUAGUGCUAUGGGUAAAGGUGGAAAGGGUAAUGGCAUGGUUCACAUGUCCCAAGUUGCGGAGCUGUGGCAAGCUCUCAACGGCGGAAAGCAGAGCUGAGUUGCGGAACCGGUGGAAAGCGGAUUUUGCUCGCUGAACUUGGAUGAAGAUGAGGGUGAAGAAAUAAACGUAAAUAAUACAGGGGAGGUAAAACUUGUGGGACAUAGUCUUUCAACUAGUUCCAUUACUGCAAGAGAAGAAGUUAGUCUGGUUGAUAGCUGUGCAAACAAAUACCUUUCAAGACACAAGGAUGACUUUAGUGAAAUAACUAUGAGAACUUGUAGGAUUACUGGUAGCGCUGGAAGUAAAGACGGAAGAGUAGGAAAACUAAAGUCAAACAUCUUAGGGCUCCAGUAUGGUGUUUAUUAUGAUUCACUACCAAAGGACUUAGAUCGUAUUAUACCUUGGUUAGGUGAAGGGAACUGCUCGCAAUUAGGAUGGGAAUUCAACUUCAAAGGCGCAGGUGGUUGUCUCGUACAUACGGACACCGGCCAGGCCAUACCCAUAAGAAGUCAUCCACGCUUGCAGCUUCCCAUACUUGCAUGCAACUUAUUUAAAGAAGAGACUGAUAGUGGUUAUAUUUGUUCAACAGUAGAAGAAGGAGUCAGUAGUUGUUACCUUACAAGACUCGAACUUCAUAGAAGAUGUGGGCACUUUCAUAUAGAUGGCCUCCAGGUAAAUUGCCCUGAGUGUGAUCUACAUAAAGGCCAACGCGCACCACAUGCAAAAGCUAGAGAUACUUCGAACUACAAACCUGAACCAUUGAAGUUACUAGCAAUCGACUUUGCUGUUGGAAUCAAACCCGUAUCAGUCAGGUCAAAGAGAUGUGUAUUAGUGAUCAUCUGUGAUGUAAUUAAGAAGGUGUUCUGUCGACCGCUUAAGCUGAAAAGUGACUGUGUGGAGGAAAUAGAAGAAGUUAUCAAAGGCAUUCGCCAGGACUACUCCUUAUCACUUGAUGACAAGGUAGUGUGGUUCCUCCGGAGGGAUGGAGAACCUGUCCUGAGCAGUGAUGACAUGACCAAAGUUAUGCAAUCGCUGCGAGUCUCAGACAGUCCGGCUGUUCCUUAUAAUCCGGAGAUGAAUGGGACCUGCGAACGUUUUAUGCGGACUUUGUUCGGCAGUGUACGCACAAUGCUGACUAAAGUUGAUAAACGCCUCUGGUGUUACUGCGUCGAGUACGCUGGUGACUGCUGGGAUCGUUUACCGCAUAACUAUGCAAAAAUGCCUCAACAUGAUGGAAAGAGUCCAAUUGAAAUCUUAGAAGAAAGGACUGGUAGAAACUCAUCGAAGAGUUCAAUCGGCAUGCUCCGCCGAUUUGGUUGUCUAGUUUACUUUCGUGAACAAAUUCAAGCCAACACUCCUGAACCCAAGCUCUCGGCCAAGUACCGCCGUGGCGUCUUCCUUGGACUCUGUCCGAAGUCGUCUGGUUGGUUGGUUGGAACUUUCGCUCAUGACGAUCGUUGCAAGCUUGGACAUCGAUGGGCGGAAUACUCUACCCUAGAUGUAAAGUUCAGAGAGGACUAUCUAAUUAAAAAUAUCGAUUGGCUUUUGCCAGAUCAGAAGGGCAUCUACAUUGAGUAUGACGAACUGGAAAAUCUGCAGAGUGGCGCGUCGUCGCUGGGCUCCCCCUUGCUUGGACAGUCAGUGCAAAGGCUGGAUCAUCAAUCGGGGUUCUCUGGCACGGAGCACAUUCCAGGUGGACCGACCGCGAUUUCCGACGAAUUAUUUAUUGAGACACUGGAUAAAGUAGAGGAAUCCAACGCAGCUGACUCUCCAAAAGGUGUUUCACUUGAGGAGGGGAAUGCUGAAGCGAAGGAUCGCGAGACAUCUGCUCCGCUAAGUCCGUCUAAGUCGAAAGCGCCUUCUCCAGCACGUGUUGUGGCAGGCGAACGCCGUACACACGUCAAGAAGCGUGGCCGACCAAAAGGAGCGAAGGACAAAGCAGGCAGCAGGGUUCGAAGAACAAAGAAACAGUUAGAAGAACUGAGAAAGAAUGUGGCGCUGUUCGCUAGUGCAGUAGGUGGCACGUGUGAAUUAGACGAAGAUGAGGAAUUCGUCGAAUCAUAUGUGAUUUUGUCCGUUGCUCAAGCACUCAAGUCUCCUGAUGCCGACAAAUGGCGGGAGGUUAUUGACAAAGAGCAUGCGAGACUGCUAGCCUUUGAGACGUGGAAAGAAGCUUCUGACGAGGAGCUUGCGACCGCGCGACAGGCUCUACCAAUUGCCAUAAUUCUAACUAUUAAAAGAUGUGGAAGAUACAAGGCUCGCGCUUGUGUCCUCGGUAAUCUAGAUCGUUCAGGAGAGCUAAACACCUUUGCUCCCGUAGUUUCACACGCCGCUAAUAGGCUGCUCCUGACAUCUGCUGCGUCAGAACAGGACUAUGUGAUCCCGUUCGAUUUAGAUUCUGCGUUCCUCAAUGCUGAACUCGAUCGCGAUGUCUUCUGCCGUCUCCCACCCAUCUGGGCAGAGAAGCAUGGACGCGAGAUCGUGAAGCUCAAGAAGGCCUUAUACGGCUUGAAGGACGCACCACGAGCAUGGUUCAAGAAAUAUCACGACAUACUAGCCAGUAUUGGCUGGGAGCCGUGUGAUUCUGCGCCAGGCUUAUGGAGAAAGCCGAGUGCGAAGGUACCUGGGAAGUUCCUCAAGAUGUCAGUCUAUGUUGAUGACAAUCUUGCAACGGGUCCUGAUCUUGAUGAGCUCAAGACCGAACUAGAACUCAUCUUCUCGCGUGCCCCUGGCCGUGCGAUUGAUGUGGAGUCCGUUCCAACCCCUUGGGGUCAAACGUGGCUCAGGUUCGACUUCUUAGGUGCCAUCGUGUACUACUGCCGUGAAGCUCGAACAUUUCGGCUCAAUAUGGAGGAGUACAUUGAUAAAAUCGCAAAGAAAUUCGAAAUUGAUGUCGGAAAACCGGUUUACUCGCCCAAUUUUGACGAGUCGGCUUUUCUUGAGGAGGGGAUCAAGAUAGUCGAAGGGUAUCCCUUUCGUGAGGUAGUUGGUGCCUUGCUAUGGGUAGCUGUAACCGCGCGCCCGGACAUUUCUGUACCGGUGGCAGCAUUGGCUAGACAUGUCAGCAAACCCGCGUCAACAAGAAUGGUUAAAGCAGCCAGAAAAGUGCUAAAGUAUCUGGUGACAACGAGAGACCAAGGACUGGAAUACUCACCAGAACAAGAAGAAGAAUUCAAUAGAAUCUAUUCAAAGUUACUACCUGAAGGCAGAGAUAUGCCAGAGGUGAAUAUCUUUAGUGAUGCAGGUUUCGCCAACUGCGCAAAGACUAUGAGAAGUACAAGUGGAUCGAUCAUGUAUUUCAAAGGCGUUCCAAUUGCUUGGAGAAGUAACCGACAAACUGUCCGUGCCUACUCUACGGCUGAAAGUGAAUAUAUUGCAGCUUCUGACACUAUCGUGCUUAGUGAACUGCAUGACUUUACAGACUUCUAUAGGCCUCUACCAACUCAGUUGGUACACACACAGAACGGCUUGUCUCCCUCUUUAGACAAUGCUGUGCUCUGGAUCGACAACCAAUCCGCGAUCACAACAGCCAAAGCAACUGACACACGCCCGAAGAGUCGCCAUUAUGCACUUCGCUACUUGCGUGUGCGUGAUGCGGCCAGUAAGAUAGUUUUCUGUCCAACUAACUUAAUGAAGGCUGAUGGCUUAACUAAGUUAGAAUGUAGUUCGUCUCAACGUAGACUACUACUUCACCAUAUAGAUAACCCGAUAACUAAAGUUGAGUAUGAUGAUUGUGAUUCCUCAGACGAUGAAACGAAUGGGGAUGAUUUAGCUUACUAUAGUGUAGUAUAUUCGGUUUACUUUGGUUUCUAGCCGAGUAUACCGUAGCCAUAGAAGAGUAGUUAGGAGAUAUGACUUCCGUGGUAGUCCAGAAGACUAGGGACUUCGACACGCAACGAUUGAGGAGGGGUGUUGGUCAAGGUCAUAAUCCUAAUGGAUUCACAAAGAUCACAAGGAUAAAGAUCAGCAAAAUGACCAAGAUCGCCAGGCAAAAGGUUACCGGAGCACCAUCCAAACGCCCGACGGGUUUACCGUCGCGCGGGUGUCUCUGGCUUCUCCUCUCUCUCUCGUUUGUGGCUCAAGCCUCCCAAUACAGUCAAGGACAAAACAGCACCGGAAUGAUCUCAAAGAUAACCUACAGACCUAAAUGCAUAUAGUUCCAAAAUCAGUGAUCAUCAGGCAAAGGACCUUCAACGUAUUCAGAUAGCAGGAAUGGUGAAUGUUUCAUAGCUGUAAUCAGGUCCAUAACGUCUUGUCAAGUUCUGAUCAAUGAUGGGAAUCAAUGUAGGAUGAUCGUAUGAAUCAAUGAUGAUAGCAUAAGCGUUUCCGUAUGAAGCAUAUGAGAGCUUCCCCAUGCUACAUGAUAUCCCAAUGAUGAAGCUGAGACUUCCUCCUUGUAACCCCAAUGAACAUCCACAGGGAUCAAAGCAGCCAGAGAUCAUUAGUCUCAGGCUGUGAGUGCAAAUUGUGCAAACAGUAUCACUCUCAAGUGUUUCUCACCGAGAAACUAGAUGCGACUUAACAGUCUGUGUUCGAAUGUAUCCAACACAAACUGAUAGGGAAAAAUGAGAAGGAUAGAACGAAGUGAACUCAUCAUCUCGAUGGGAGUAGAAGAGGAAUGGUUAUUUGUAGCGUCAUGCUGGUAGAAACUCGACUUCGUACUCCUAGAACUCCUUAUACAUAGAUUAUCAUGGAGCCGAGGAGGACACAUUUUAGACCGAGAUGAAUUCAUCACAUAUUAAUCACAUAUUCUUCCUGGUUCUACUUCUCGUUCUCCUAGUACAGCUGCAUAGCUGUAUCGAAUCCAGGCUAAAUGCAGGCUAAAUGAAGCUAAGCUUCUAAUCCAAAUUGAAUCGAAUCCUUUGUUUUCUGAGGAAAUUAGAACCUCUUCGGCAUCGUGAUAUCAAUGCGGAAGCAAUGGAAUUAUCUAGCGAAUUGGAAAGCGAUGAUACGAAUGUUAUGGGGCUCAGCUUUUGAUAUUCAUCAUCUCUAGUCAGUGGUCACACUCACAAUCUCAAUCUCGACAUCUUCUGGAUAUAACAACAAGUAGAAGUACAACAACACUAGCAACUAGAAGCUUAUUUUCCACGUAUACUAAAAACGCACAGCAAAAAGUACUACAGAGUGGUCAGAGACGUUGAGGAAAUAUAAAUUGGAAAGACGGUUUCUAGUGUGUAUGGUUCCGGUAUUUGGUAACCUGAAUUCGAUCGCAAGGGUUCUCUUGUUUUCCCUUAUGAUCAAACUCAGUGGAGCUACACUCUUCGAAGAACGGCACUUCUUCGCAGCAAGCUACUGACGCUCCACACUCUUCUAAGAACGGCACUUCUUCGCAGCAAGCUACUGACGCCUCUCUUCGCCAGGUGUGGGAAAGGAAUUCGCUUACCUACUUCAGCGAAGAGGAUCACAAGAGGAAUUUCAUCUUGCAUGCACUUGUGA